AUGAUCUUCACCGAUCCGCAGUAUCCCGCUGCGGUAGUGGACCCAGUGUAUCAAGCAAACCAGGCGAACCAGCAGCAGCAGCAACAGCCAGGAUUCUCAAGUACACCACGCCCAUAUGGAGGACAAUCUGAGAUACCGCAGCCACCGGUGGUACCCCAGGGAUGGCUGGCAUACUGGGAUCAGGGACAGCAGAAGUACUAUUUCCAUAAUACAGAAACGGGAGUGGUGUCGUGGGACCAUCCCCAGCCAAACCAAGCGCUCCCAACGCCCCCAGCAAGCUCAAUUGGCAUGUACUCCCAACAGCAGCAACAGCAGCCAGUAUAUGGCCAGCGCGGAAUCAUAGCACCCGCAAUGAGCCCACAGAACCAAUAUCAGCAACCACAGCAACAGCACCAGCACCAGCAGCAGCAGCAGCAGCAGCAGCCCCAAAACCAGAACCAGCAACAAUGGUCCCAACAACAUCAGAGACAAAUGAGCCAAACUCCCGUCCCCCAACACCAGUAUGCGCAACAACAGCAGCCCACAUACGAUCCCAUUCACACUCCCGUCUCACCUCUCAGCACGCAUCGCAGACCCAUAAGUCUCCGUUCCGCAACAGCCACACCGCACCCGUUCGGAUUCGCUGAAGUCGCCGGAAGCGAGGUCCCACCGCAGGCUGCUGCUACCCCACAGCAACAACCAAAGUUCGAAACCGGGCUAAUGCUUACCUCCGAGCGCGAAGAUGAGCCCCCAAAGCUCUCAGCAACAUUCACAGGCUUCGCAGACGAAGACAGGAUGUUUACAGACAUCACCGUCUCCAGCGGCAUAAGCGCACCCCCCGUAUCUCAACCCCACGAGACGCCGAAUGCCCGAGUGCCUACCAUGUCACCGCCUCCGCAAUUGAUGGCAACCUCACAGGUCCAGAAUGUACAGCAUCCUAUGCCGCAGGUGCCACCAGGGCCGAAGAAUGUGCCAUUUUUGCAGCAUACUAGGAGCCCGAGCCAGUCGUCGGUGAUGUCGGCGGCUUCGAUGACGCAGACACCGCUGGAGUAUGGCGGUAUGAGGUCUGCUACGCCGGGUGCUGGGUAUCAAGCUCAGUCUGCUAGUUAUGGCAAUCUGAACGUUAUCAAGCCGAGGAAGGCUGUUCCACAGAGUGCGGGCCCUACUUAUCUUAGCCAGACUCCACAUACGGGGAAUAUGAAUGUACAGCAGCAGCACCAUUCGGUCCAACAGCAGCAUCCGGUUCAGCAGCAGCACCCGGUUCAGCAGCAGUACCAGGUGCAGCAGCACCAAACACAGCAACAGCCUGUCCCGCAGUAUCAGAAUCAGCAACAACAGGCACCACAGCAACAGGUGUAUCAGCAGCAGGUACCUCAACAACAAGUACCUCAGCAGCAAGCACAGCAACAAAAUACCCUCCAAAACAGGCAAUCUAUGCCCGUAUUCACGAGUCAGCAGACAACCACUCCACUCCCAAGAUCAUCCACUCACAUUCAAUACCGGCCAUUAACCCUCGAAUCCACAAUUAAUCCCCAUAAAACAGUGACAACAACUAGAUCAACUCAUUCAACCUCGAUUCUGCGACCUCGAAAAGCACCAAAGCAAGACACAGUUUCUGCUGGUGCUAUGAAAGCUGCAGAGGGUUUCAGUACUAUGGCGAAGGCUAGCGCUAUGGCUGCUAGGAAGGCCUUCGAGGAGAAAGGCAGCUUCCUUAUUCCAAAGAAGAAGCCUGUUCCGACCAAAGUCCAGCAGCAACCUCGGCCUCAACCUCAAUCUCAACCUCAACCUCAACUUCAGCCACAGCCACAAUUCCAGUAUGAAACUCAGCAGGCUCCAGUUCAGCAAGCUCCAAUUCAGCAAGCUCAACAAGCCCCAGCGCAGCUGCAGUCUUCCGGGGUGAUGGGUAGCGGUACAAGGGGCAUGAUCCGAGGUAGAGGUCCCACGGUGGUGGCUGCAAGAGGUCGCGGCAUUGCCACUAGAGGAGCAAUUACUGUGACUACAAGAGGCGGCAGCACAGUUGGUAGAGCGGGCAGCGGUAUGGUAGCAGCAAGGGGCGGCGCCACAGCCACAGCAAGAGGUGGUAUAGUCGUUGGAAGAGGGGGUACUAGGGGAGUUGCGUCCAGAGGAAGAGGCGCUGCUGAUGGCGGACAAGCGAGAGGUGGCUUGAGCGCACCAAUGACAGCAGGUGUUAUGGGGGCUGCCCGAGUUAUAGCUAGUAUGGACCCCAGCGGCGUUAGUACAGGGAUCUUAAUGGUCGCAGGUCCAACCGCAGGAAAAAUGCUUAGAGGUGGUAGUCUAGGAGGACCAGCCCGAGGAAGGGGUGGGCCGGUCCGAGGGACAGCUAUAGGGAGGGGAAGAGGUAGAGGCGCCCCAGUAGUGGGUGAGAGAGGAAUCUCAACCUCCAUCAGUGGAGAAAACCCAUUACCACAACAGCCAAUGAUUAAUUCGCAAGAUUAUCAACCACAACAGGGAUUGAACACACAUGAUUAUCAGCACCCACAACCGGCAUUUAAUGCCCAACAAGACCACACAGAGAAUAUGUACGCUGAUUUCGGUGGUGUUCCUCCAGAAAACCAGGGUCCAAGUACUCAUCAGCAGCAAACGGAAAACCAGUAUGCUGAUUUUGGUGGCGUUCCGCCUCCAGUAAAUCAGGGUGAGGGUGCAUACCAGCAGCAGAUGGAAGGCUUGCACGCCGAUUUCGGUGGGGCCCCACCGCCGGCACAGACUACGAUGGUUGUAGGAAGGGGUAGAGCAACGAUAAGAGGUGGAAUGAGUUUAGGUGCCGGGAGGGGAGUAGUAGCGGGAAGAGGAAGAGGCACAGCACAUGAUUCUGCAGGUCCAAUGCCUACUGGUAGUAGUGUAGUUCAUACUCCUAUUGGGCAUGGACCAAGCCCUGUGCAUCCAGCUGGCAGUGGAGCAACUCAUGCUACCCCGAUGGGACGUGGAACAGGGCAAAGUCCUACUCCCUAUGCACAACCUCUUAAUGCACAUGGUCCAAGCCCCGUUCAAGCAGCUGGACGUGGAAAACCUCCGGCACCACAAGGACAAACUCCAAUGCCUUCUAUGGGGCGUGGAACUGGACAGUAUCCAUCACCAACACCUACACCUGGCGCAAGUCCACUCAAUCAGGCUGGAACGACACAGGCCUCAGAGCACGGCCCAGCAGGACGCGGGAAUGGUAAACCUCCCAUGACACAAAGCUUAGGUCUUCAAUCUGCUGGGCGUGGGGUAGGUCCUAUGCAACCACUUGGUCGUGGAGCUGGAACCUCACCUAUAGGUCGUGGGUCUAGCCUACCUAGCAUGCCUAGUAUGCCUAAUCUUCCUACUGGGCUACUUAAUUCCUCUCCCAUGGGACCGGGAGCUGGCCGUGGAGUGCCAUUGCAAACCCAACAGACUGGGCCACAGCAGCAAGUUCUGCCACAGAAUCAAGGGCUUGCACAGCAGCAGACGCUCUUGCAGAACCAACAGCUCACACAGCAGCAGCAGAUUCAACAGCAGCAAAUUCAGCAGCAGCAACAGCAACUCGCGCAGCAACAGAUGCAACAGCAAAUGCAGCAGCAGAGUAUCCAGCAGCAGCAACAGUUCCUGCAACAGCAACAAUCUCAGAUGCGCCGCCAGAAUAUGAUGCAGAGUGCUGGUCUUGCUGCCCAACGGAUAAUGAUGGGUCGGGGUCAGCAAAACCAGCAGAACCAGCAACAGAACCAGCAACAACAACAGCAGCAAAGUAUGAUGCAGCAGAGUAUGAUGCAAAGUGCGCAGAGGAUGAUGAUGCAGCAGAAUCAGCAAGAAAGGCAGCAGCAGCAACAGGAGCAACAGCAACAACAGCAGCAGCAACAGCAAGAACAACAGCAGCAGCAGCAGCAGGAGGAGGAACAAGCGCAGCAGGGACAGGGACAGGACCCACAACAAGGACAAGACCCACAACAAGGACAGGAUCCACAGCAAGAUCCACAACAGCAAGAUCCGCAGCAGGACCCGCAGCAAGACCCCCAACAAGAUCCGCCGCAGGAUGAAGCCCAGGACCCCCAGCAAGGUCAGGAGGGAGAAAUGGCACAAAAUGAUGGCACGUAUGCCGAGGAAGGUGCGGGAGCAGAUCCGUACGCAGCAGAGCAAGAGCCUGCCGCAGAAGAAGAGGCCGUCAUGCAAGAGGAGGUUGUCGUAGAAACUACCUACACCGAAGUAACCUACACAGAAACGGCCUAUGCCGACCAGGGCACUGCUCAAGACCAGACUUACGCCGAAGACUCUGCGACAUAUCAAGAUCCUACUGCAGCGGAUGGCCAGUAUUAUGAAGACCCAGCAGCUGCCGGAACAACAGAUGCGGGAUACCAAGACCCAGCAGCAGAGGGUCAGUACUACGAAGAUCCUGCGGCUACUGAAGCAACUGGUGCGGGUUAUGAAGACCAAGGUGCAUACCAGGAGACGGCCGCGUACGAAGAUACUACAACAUAUCAGGAAACAACAGUCUACGAGGAUACUACAGUAUAUGAAGACCCAUCAACAUGUCAGAACAAUGCUACAUAUGAGGAAACCGCAACAUACCAGGACACUACAGUAUACGAGGAUCCAAAUGCUGGUUAUGAAGACCCUAACGCUGGCUACCAAGAUCCCAACGCUGGCUACGAGGAUCCUAAUGCUGGCUAUGAGGACCCUAAUGCUGGUUAUGAGGAUCCAAACGCUGGUUAUGAGAACUCUGCUGCGUAUGAAGAUCCGAAUGCAGGUGCGGGCACAGAAUAUGCCGCGUACGAGGAUCCGAAUGCUGGAGCCGAUUACACUACAGCUUACGAGGAUCCGAAUGCCUUAUAUGCUCAAGAGGGAUAUGCGGGUGGAGAGGAAUGUGGCGUUGAGGGUGGACACGUAGAGGAAGGGUAUGCUGGCGAAGAGUAUGCUGGAGAAGAGUAUGCUGGAGAAGAGUACGCUGGUGGCGAAGAGUAUGCUGCUGGUGACUAUGGUGCAGACCAGGGCUAUGCAGAGGAAGGAUAUACCGAGUACGGCGCUGAUACAGGCGGAUAUGAGGACUAUGGUGGUGACUGUGGGGGUGGAGAGGAUCUAAUGGGCGGGGCUGACGCUGGAGAGCCCACAUAUAUGGCGGACGCUGAUUACAGUGCGGAUAUGAUGGCAUCGAUUUAA